CUAUAGUAAACACUCAAGUGUACCACAGCAUUUGUUCACGUGGUUUGAAUAACAAAAAAAAUGGUUUUGUACAAAUUAUAAAUGGUUUUAAAACGGGUGGUUUGCAUACUUUGCGUCACAGUCUGGUCCAUCGCGGCGCUACUGACACGACAUCUACUGGGUUCCGCUUUCCGCAUGUAAAAAAAAAAAUAAAGAUACACUACCGGAUGCGUUCAGUUUUGCUUUUAACUCAACUUGCUGUCAACCCGGAAAGAGGCUGAGUUGGUUUGUAUCAUGCGCCAGGACGCACGUCUCGACCCGCCGCGCCGCGCUUUCAUCUGUUUUCGCGAAUAAGUCGCGCGUGUACUCUCCACAACAUUUCACACGCGGCAGAACGAGGAUCUGGGACAUGCCUUACCAGGAUAGACAAAACCGGACCUGUGGAUUCCUGGAUAUUGAGGAAAAUGAGAACAGUGAUAGGUUUUUCCGGCGUUAUUUUAUCUUGGAUACUCAUAAGAAUUUUCUGUCAUGGUACAUGGACAAUCCACAGAAUUUACCUGUUGGAACAGAAUGUGUUGGAAGUUUGCGUCUCAGUUACAUUUCAAAGGUUAAUGAAGCAUCGCUGAAGCAGAAACCGAAGGCGGUGUUCUGCUUUGUAAUAAAUGCAUUGUCCAGACGGUAUUACCUGCAGGCAAAUGAUGAAGUGGACUUGAAGGAGUGGGUUGUCGCCUUGAAUAAUGCUACCAAAAUUACAGUUCCCAAAGGAUCACCAGUCGCCCGCAGCUCUGAUGUCACAACUGUUUCGAACCCGAGUCAGUCAACAUCUGGACUGGCGUACGAAACAAAAAUCGUCGGGGGUGUGGUUGUGCACACACCUGUCCAGCAGAGCGAGACUGACGACGUCUUUACGAGUGACCUUGGCUCACAUGUCACUUUAAGGAGAUGCCAGAGCGUGCGGCCAAAUAUCCUGAGGUCUGGUUACUGUGUCAAACAAGGCAAUGUGAGAAAGAGUUGGAAGAGAAGAUUUUUUAUUCUAGAUGACCAAAAUGUGAGCUAUUAUAAAUCUGAAACGGAUAAGGAACCAUUGCGCAGUAUUAAAUUGAAGGAUGUACUUAAAGUAAAUGAGUGCCUUGUAAAAUCAGGGGAACUGCUAUGCCGCGACAAUCUGUUUGAAAUCAUCACGAGUACCAGAACCUUUUACAUCCAGACAGACACCCCAGAGGACAUGAAAGGCUGGAUCAAGGAUAUUGGCACAAAAAUUCAAGACUUCAGAGGACUAUCUAAGUGUCGUAGUUCUGGCAAAGUCUUUUCUACGCAAGGCAAACCUCAGCUUGUGAAGUCAACCUCCAUGGCCAAUUCGUGGCAGCCCUGGACGCCUGUGCCGAGUCAGGAGCAGCGUUUAAAGGAAGAGGGCCCGUACUGCUCUCUCCCAUCGCUCUCACACACAGGCCAAGUGUCUCAGUCACAAACUCGACAACGGCACCACUCGCAGCCUCAGUUCGGUCCCACUGACACAGACAUUCCAGACAACUUCGACAAUCUCCGCACCACUGAUGUUUAGCUGCUUCAACGUCGGAUACCGCUGGCCAGCACAUGGAUAGUAUUAUGAUUUUAGCUCUUUGAUCAUGUGAUCGUAGCAAGACUGCAAAUAAGAAAAGCUGCCCAUAACUGCAUGUGGUGCGAUGCUGUUUAUUGGUCUUAGAAGAAUGUGUGCUUUAUGAAUGUAGGAAUGUACAAUAAGGAAGGAUCAGCUGAUCAGUUCUAUCAGCUCAGUUUUAUGUGUCAUAUUGCUUUAUUAGAUUUUAGUCAAAUGCCUUUUUUAUGAAGACAUACAGCAGGGUCCAAAAUGUUGCAAUCACUACUGAAUAUGAUGAUAUUUUUCAUAGGAAAAUUAAUAAUUCAAGUAAAAGGAUGAUUUAUUAAGAUGAUGAAUGUGUUAGUAUUUGGUUAAAUAACCCCCUGAUCUUUUAGUACUAUAAAGUUAACAUGGCCAGUG